CGGACGGUGAGCGAUAAUAUAAUAUAUAUUAUAUCCUGCAUAUUACAGAAAUAUCGCUGCAUGUCGAUAUAUUACGUAUCUGUCGGGAUAUGCUUACCUAGCGAUAUUCUGCGCUAUAUCGGGCUUUGGGCUAUAUCUGUUCCCCUCUUGCGUCGCGUCACCCGUAAAUGCCCACGAACCGCUCUUGCUGGCAGCCGGCUUGGCGCGAUGUUGCUAUUUUAUUAUUUGUUCUUGCACUUCGGAAUUCGCAAUAGACAAAAUGGAGUAUUUUAUUGA